CUGCAUUUUUUAGCCUACAAAACGGUAACUGGUGUCAACGGUCCGUUGGUGAUUUUGGGUGAUGUGAAAUUUCCUCAAUAUGCAGAAAUUGUGCAGCUUACACUUCCCGAUGGUACAAAACGAUCUGGACAAGUGCUUGAAAUCACACGUAAUAAGGCUGUUGUACAGGUUUUCGAGGGAACUGCUGGAAUUGAUGCAAAAAAUACAUCAUGCGAAUUUACUGGCGAUAUUCUACGAACCCCGGUAUCCGAAGAUAUGCUUGGCCGUAUAUUUAAUGGUUCUGGUAAACCAAUUGAUAAGGGUCCACCGGUUUUGGCGGAAGAUUUCCUGGAUAUCAAUGGUCAGCCAAUAAAUCCACGAUCACGGAUUUAUCCCGAAGAAAUGAUUCAGACGGGAAUUUCGGCAAUUGAUGUUAUGAAUUCAAUUGCGCGUGGCCAAAAAAUUCCAAUAUUUUCGGCUGCUGGUCUUCCACACAAUGAAAUUGCGGCGCAAAUUGUGCGGCAAGGUGGUCUGGUGAAGUUACCUGAUCGACCACACGACGCGAAAGAGGAAAAUUUUGCAAUUGUCUUUGCGGCAAUGGGUGUCAACAUGGAGACUGCUCGAUUUUUCAAGCAAGAUUUCGAGGAGAACGGUUCCAUGGAAAGUGUUUGCCUGUUCCUGAAUCUUGCCAAUGAUCCCACGUAA